UCCGACAGACUUGUAAUACAUCGCACUCGAUCUGGACAAACAGGAACCGAUAAAUUCAAAAUUAUGUCUUCCCCCUUGGAAAAUUUUCUGAGUCUGCUCCUUCUGUGCGCCAUCAUCAAUUGCUCUAUGGCGGCUCCGGGCUCCGACUACGACGCCUUCGUCAAAUGUUUCUCCGCCGGCGCCGGCGAUGCUUCUAAAAUUGUCUUCGCACCUCAAAACCCCAACUUCACUUCUGUCUUAGACGACUACGCAAGAAACCCACGUUUCAAGACUCCCCAAACCCCAAAACCCUCCUUCAUUGUAACCCCUCUUACAAUAUCCCAAAUCCAAAAAACCGUCGUCUGCGCAAAGAAACUGCGGCUGCUGCUCAAAAUCCGCAGCGGCGGACACGACUACGAGGGGAUCUCGUACGUCUCGAAUGUCCCCUUCGUUAUCCUCGAUCUGUUCAAUUUUAGGACAGUUAAUGUCAGCAUCCAAGACGGGACGGCGUGGGUGCAAUCGGGGGCGACGCUUGGGGAGCUCUAUUACAGGAUCUGGGAGAAGAGCAAGGUCCAUGGAUUCCCCGGCGGCGUGGGGGCGACGGUCGGCGUCGGCGGGCACAUCAGCGGCGGCGGUUACGGGAACCUGAUGCGUAAAUACGGUCUCAGUGUGGACCACGUGGUCGACGCGCAAAUUAUGGAUGUCAACGGGAGACUUUUGGACAGGAAGGCGAUGGGUGAAGACCUGUUUUGGGCAAUCAACGGCGGAGGCGGCGCCAGUUUCGGAGUUGUCGUGGCGUACAAGAUUAAGCUCGUCCCUGUCCCGCCGGUGGUCUCUGUUUUCAAAGUCUCGAGGACCAUUGAGGAGAAUGCAACCGACAUCGUUUUCCGGUGGCAGUUUAUUGCAGACAAGGUCGACGAGAAUUUGUUCAUCAGGCUUCUUGUCGGAUCGGCGACCAAAACAGGUGCCAAAGUUGAAUCAGACAAGACCGUUAAAGUGCGAUUUGUUGGCCAGUUUCUUGGCAAUGCCAAACAGCUUAUGUCAGUAAUGAAAUCGCAGUUCCCCGAGCUGCAACUAAAGAAAGAAGACGUUCUGGAAAUGAGCUGGAUUCAGUCUGUGCUAUUCUGGGACAACAAAAAUGGCUCGUCUGAAACCACACUUCUCGAUCGAAAAUCGAAAGCCGACAACUCCUUCAAGAGAAAAUCAGAUUACCUGAAAUCCCCAAUUCCCAAACAGGGCCUAUCAGGCCUGUUCAAAUUGAUCAUCCAGCUCGGUAAAGCGGGAAUGGCAAUCAAUGCCUACGGCGGACAAAUGGCUAAGAUCCCCGCAACGGCCACGCCAUUCCCUCACCGGGCCGGAAACAUAUUCAAGAUCCAAUAUUUCGUAAAUUGGAAAGAGCCAGGGCCCGAGGCAGACAAGAAGUACGUCGACCAGACAAGAGCCCUGUAUCGUUACAUGACUCCUUUUGUGUCCAAGAAUCCGAGAGAAGCAUACCUGAAUUACCGGGACCUGGACAUUGGCAUCUCGAGCAAUGGCAAGAAUGCAUAUAAUGAAGGGAAGGUGUAUGGACUCAAGUAUUUCAAGGACAACUUUGACAGAUUGGUGAAGGUGAAGACUGCCGUUGAUCCUGAGAACUUUUUCAGGAAUGAGCAAAGCAUUCCGCCAUUGAAAUCCAAUAAAUGGGAACUAACUGAAUAUGAUCACGAUGAAGAUGAAGAAGAAUGGUACGAUUGAUCCUGAAGGGUAUUAGCCUAUUACAAAUCUGAUGUGAUUAUUCAAGAACCAAUCUUUAUAUUUGUAAUAAGUAUUGCAUAAUAAGGGAGCCAGUUUACAUGUCAGAGAUUCUUGUACACAAAAAUUUUCCAAAGUCUCAACUAUUAGAUUACAGAUCCUCUAUUUCCUGUC